AUGUCUCAGCAGGGCGCCAAAGGCUUUUCCAAAGGGUCUUCCCAGGGCUCCGCCCCCUGCCCCGCCCCGACGCCCGCCCCCGCUCCCUCCUCCUCCUGCUGUAGCCGCGGCUGCUGCGGGGGCGGCGGUUGUGGCUGCGGCGGUGACUCCGGCUGCUGUGGCUCCAGUUCCACCGGCUGCUGCUGCUUCCCCAGGAGGCGCCGCCGGCAGCGCGGCUGCUGCUGCGGAGGAAGCCAAAGGUCUCAACGCUCCUGCAACAACCAGAGCUCAGGCUGCUGCGGUGGCUGCUGA